AACUUUACUCCGAGAUGAAUUAAUGACGGAAAUGGCUUCACUGCAAGUGAGAUGGAAGUUUUUAAAAUGAAAAAUAUUAUUUUAUGUUUUUGUCUUCUUUUGAUGUUGGGAACAACGGACGGUGGACGGUACCAGUAUUGUUCAGACGGAUGCUGUGAACAUCAGUUUUGUGCCUUUAAAGCUAUUUGUUAUCCAAGACUUAACUGUAAACAAGGAUGCCCGGAUGGCUACUGUGACAAUGGAUUAUGUAUGCCAGACAAAAUGUGUUUUACAAACUCAGAGUGUAAAAUGGGGCAUGUUUGUACCAUGAACUUUAACCUUGGUUACCCAACAUGUCAGUAUGAUUUGGAUAUUGGAAGAUCAUUGUGUGUUGAUAGAUUUGGUCGGCCGGAUGUAAAAAAAAUACCAUAGUUGAAGAUCGUGUAAAUGACCUUUGCAAUUAUCACCUCUAUGUUUUACUUCUGAGUUUGUCUUAAUCUCUGCAAGUGUGCGAUUCAACCAGAACAGUCUGCAGUGUGGUUUAGAGAUUGAGGGAAAAAUAAUAAGGGAACGAUCUAUUCAUGCCGUCCUUUGUUUCACCGACACAAUAUACACCACUACAUCAAAUUCAGAAGAAACAGUUGCACAAGAUUUCAACUAGUUCGCAACCAAAAUGUUGGACAUGAAACUACUUGUUUUCCUUGUUAUUUUUUUUUUACCUAAAUGCAUAAUAAUCAUUCAUUUUUAAAUAAGGAAAUCAAGGUGAAUUCUCUGUUUUACUUUUUUAAGACAAGGACUUUAUGUGUUAU